ACUCCACCAACUUCCUUUACGAGCUCUACAAGACCGACACAAAUCACAUCUACAACGCCUCCACAAUUGGCAUCUUCGUCUACCUUAUCCGCAGCAACGCACGUUUCUUCUACACCAACUGUUACUUCUACUGCCGUGUUAACAACAACCGCUGUAGCUACUACUUCAGGUUCAACUACCACAACUACACCAGCAACUAUGCCCACAACGACCUCAACGCCAACUCGCUUAACGACAACAAUGACAACGCCAACAAUUCAGCCUUUAACGACCCAGAUACAAACAUGUGACAAUGGAUGGGAAAUGCGCUCAGCUUCAUGUUACAGUUUCCACACAAACACUAGGAAGAAUUGGGGAGAUGCCCUGAAUUCUUGCCGAUCCCAACAUUCACAUCUCGUUAUUAUUGAAACGGCAGACGAAGACCAAUACAUACGCCAGAGGUUAAGCGCCAAGAUUGAUACAAGUAACAACGACGAUACGGAUACUGCAGUUUGGGUGGGAGGUACCGAUAAUGACAGGGAGGGUCAAUAGGAGUGGAUGAAUACAAUAACUGGAUCACGUGACAGAAUCACAGGGUACACCAACUGGUUACCGGGAGAACCGGACUCAGGCGAUGGCGAACAUGACGAGGACUGUAUGACAUUGGUGGGCAACCAUGGCUUUUUCUGGCAAGACCACAAGUGCAACCAACACAUGUACUUCGUGUGCGAGAAACCAGUAAACAUACAUUCAGUAAUUGUCAGUACAACGGCAGCCCUCUCACCAUACACCGGACCGUCUACUGUUCAUCCGCAACAACAUAUUACCAGCAAACCCUACUGUGGAGCAUGGGAGCAGCAUGCAAAUUCCUGUUAUUUGUUCCACACAGGAGAUAGACAAACAUGGAACAGCGCAAAUAACUACUGUGCGAUCCAUAACUCCCACCUGGCAAUCAUUGAUACUUCUGAUGAGGACCAUUUUAUCGGAAACGUCUUUAGGCAACGCAUUAGUACCAAUCACCACCAUGAUUCAGACAACGGGGUGUGGGUCGCCGGAAAUGAUGGGGACAGUGAGGGAACAUGGCGGUGGACGGACGCUGCGACCGGAAAUAGCCAUCCUGUUCAAGGGUACACCAAUUGGCACCAUGGAGAACCGGAUGCGGGGGAUGGUGACCACGACGAAGAUUGUAUGUGUCUGAUCGGUAACAAAGGAUUUGAAUGGCAAGAUUACAGUUGCGACAAACACAUGUUCUUUGUCUGUGAAAAAACUGCCAUCAGAAUUGCACCUCUGGUUGGCUGACGUCGUUGCAAUUGCUAAUUUUGUUUGUAUUCAUCAAUAAAUGGCUCUAUUGCUGCGGCUAUAAGUGGGUUCAUCUAUGAA